AUGAGCGGAGACUUCCCUCUGGCAAUGAAGACGGAUCCAAAGUUUCGCGGUCUCCGUCCGAUCGGUCCCAUUACGACCUGCUCCAACGCCCUGACGCCGCGCCGCGCCGACGGGAUCCGGGCGUAUUCGUACCCUCGAACAAGAGCGAGGCUCUCGCUUGAGAGUCAUAUCCAGACCGUCUCGCUGGCCCUCGGUGAAAUCACGACAGAAUCCGACAUUGGGGCUCGUGAAUACGGCAUCACCUAUUUCCUACGAGCUUUGACCCCCGCAGUUCAUGGGUCCAUCGCGACAUACCCCGACAGCUCCGCGGCCACCGACUGGCGAAUAGCGGGGCAAUUGCUUACUUCGUCCGAUCCGUCAGCAGACCAUCCCCCCGACGUACCCGGCGAGACACUUACACACCGGCCGGAUUCCGGCCAUGCCGUGCGAUCGGCGCAGUACAAGAUACCUCGCGAGGCCGCCCGACAAUCCCCCUCACUGCUCUACGUCAAGCCACAGCGAUCGCCGCCUUCCAUUGCCUUUUGA